AAUCCCAACCUUAAUUCCAAAACAUAUACAGUCUCAUUUCAAGGCAGGGGGGGAUUGCAUACAUUUUUUUUGUUUUUUCUAUACCUCUCUUUUACUCAUACAUCUUAGUUAGUCUUAAAAUAAAUGAGAUUAAGUGAGAUUUUGAGAUGGAGAAUAAUGUGGUGAAUGAAAGGCCUUAGGAGGGGAUGAGUUUGAAGAAAAAGAAGGACAUGAUUGUCAAAAUGUCGGCUUGUUCCCCCAAGAAGAUGGUGAAGAGGUUCCUCAUUUCUGGGGUUCACAACCAAGAGGAGCUCCAGACGAUAAGAAAGAAGAUUGUGGAGCUGGGUGGGAAAGUGGAAGAUAAUGUGAAGAACAGCUUUAUAUCCCUGUGCACCCAUGUUCUUGUCAAGGAGUUCAACAUGACGGAGAAGGUGCUCGGGGGCCUAGCGUCAGGAAAAUGGCUUGUGCAACCCGAGUUCAUCCUGGACAGUCACCGCCAGGGCAAAUGGCUCGAGGAAAGCCAGUACGAGAUCAAGGAAUUUGUCGAGUGCAGGCAGAAGAGGAAUGACAGUAACAUCGUCCUUUACUCUGGAUGGAAGGUUUAUGUCAAGCUGGAAAACAACACCUUGACCAAAUCAUUUCGAAGGGUUACCGCUGCUGGAGGGGCCGAGAUCAUUUCGUUGAAAGAGAUCUCGCAGUCCGACUUCAUAAUCACAGAGAAGAACAUGGCAGCCUCCAUUCGUGAGACAGUUGGGCCCAACAUCCCCAUCGUGUGCAAAACUUACAUUAAGGACACAAUCAUCAGGGGAGUUUCACCCUCAGACUUGAGACCAUACCUUCUAGAUGCUUGUGGCAAUGCACAGUUGGCAAGAAAAGUUGAUCUCACCAGGCCCCAAAUAAGAAAUGGAGACAUCCAGCCCAAGAAGCUGCUUAGUGAGAUGCAGAUGAACACUUACAAAAAGAAUGUAUUUGGCGUAACUUACCAACAACCAAGACUUGACCAGUAUGUCAGGAUUGAGUCACCCGGCAAAUUACCUCAAGCCUGUUCUCCAGUCAGAAGGACACCUUCUUCGAGCCGGAAACGCAGGUACCAGUUUUGUCAGGUUACCCCAGAGAAGCAGCAGCCUUCUAUCGUCAAGUAUUUCAUAAAGAAGGAAUCAAACUUGGAGGUGAGAAGUGCAAGAAAUGGGGAAAUACGUGUAACUGAGGAUGGGAAUGAUAACGAUAUUGAAGUUAUUGGAGAAACCUCAAGGAGUGGUACAGGAAACAUGUUAAGCAGUAACAGAAUGCAAGAGGCUGGCAACGAGUGUGUACAUCCAUGUACUAUAGAUUUAACAGGAACAUCACAUGAAGAAUCAGUAGUCUCAGUAGACAUUUCAAAUGAAGUAGUAUGUUUAGGAAAUGAAAUGACAGUUUCAUGUAGUAUUGAUAAGGAAAAUAGGGUUGAUUCUAGUGAUUUACCAAUAGAUGAUACAAUAGAUGCUGAUGAACUGAAAAGAGACAGUGCAACAAUUUUAAAGGGAGUAAAAGAAGAUAAAAACCUAUCCAAGGAAGUAUUUAGAACUGCCACAGACAUUACAAGAGCAGAUGUUUCUUCAACUGUACAAAACGAGUUAAUAGAAGAAAGCUCUUCCACGAAAAUGUUGGAUGCGCAGUGCUUACUGAAAAAAGUAUCUGUUAAUAUUGGUCCAAGAAUAGAUGAGUGGUUAAGCCCAGCAACAGCACCAGUGAACACAAUUGAACAGAGUGCAGCUUGCAAUCUGCCUGUGAAAGAAAAAAUAAAAGAAACCUCAAGGCAAAUGAAAAUAGAUAAUGAGGAAGUGAAAAGAUCUAUUGGAAGAUUUAUAAGAAAGAGUAAAAGGGUAAGUGGCAUCUAUAGCAGUGACAUUGUUGUAAUUGACAGUGAAAUGAGCAAAGAGCAAAGCAUCCCAAAGAACUUCCAGAGUGCAGAGUUGUCAAACCAGGAAAGUGACGUGCAUGCGUCCCCCGAAGUGCGAGAACUGAGUGUCGAGGAGGUCUCAUACUUCGAGUCGAGCAUUGAUGAAGAUGUGCGAGGCAUCCAGAUGUUUGCCGCCGGAGAACAGUCAAUCAUUGUAACGGGUAUGGACUCACUGGACCUAAGUGUAACACCGUAUACUUAUCCUCCCAGUAGUCUGUUUGGGGACCUUCUGAGGCGAUUGAUCUUAGAGACCAGGUUCACCAUCGUCAGUUCUUAUGCCUUGAACAUGGCACACAAGAUCCUCUCCUUACACCCACCAAAAAGUUCCCGCUGGCGAACCUACUAUUAUGAAGUGUUUGCAGCGGCACUACAGACUCAAGAGGGUGUAAGCCUUCAGGCCUGGAGGUUUAUUCACCAUGUGAUAGAAUGCUCCCUGAGUGACAUUGAUGAGGAAGAUUACAACACAGAUACAGAUGCAGAAGACACCACCAUCAUAAGGGAAAAUGCAUUGAGUCUGUUGAGGUUUAUUGUCUUAGUCCUCAGGGAAGACAUGAAACACUGGAAUAAGAGGGAAGCGAUCAAUCAUCUUCUCAGCUGGAAAAUCUUCUUGGGCCAGCUGACACAGCCUACUUUAACAACAAGUCCAGUGAAACACCUGUUGCAAAUAUGGGUUGCUGUGCAGUCAGCUGACCCAGCUGUGAGACAGUGUGUUGCAGAUCUUGUAUCAGUACUCUUGGAGGUCUUAUGGAAAUAUGAGAAAACAUUUCUACUGCCAGUCAGCCCAUUACCAAAGUCAAUUGCACUCUUUAGCACAGAAUUUCUUCUUCAAGUCAAAGAUUUGGGCUCUAGUCACUUGAUGAAGCUCAUUAACAGCUUCUCAUCUCCAUGGCCAAAGAUGGUUGUGUCUUCUGUGAUCUUCCAAGAAAUUACUCGGAUCUACAAUCAGAUAAUUAAUCUCGCAGAUAUUGUAGAUUUCAGUCAAGCUGUGGUGCUUAGUCCGUGUACAUCCACCUCUCCUUCCCCAGUGGCCUCUCAAAGUAAGAAAACUUCUUCCCCUUCCAAGAAGUUUCGACUGGGCCAGAAUGUGAACAAGAAGAAUUGUAAGGGCGAGACAACCCUCUUGAGAGCAUGUAUCAAAAACAAUGUUGAGAAGGUGCAAGAACUGUUGAACGUCCCGGGCAUUGACAUCAACCUGCCAGAUAACUUUGGGUGGACGCCCUUGCACGAGGCAGCCAUAAGGGGUCACAAUGAAUGUAUCAAGUUGCUGCUCAGUUUCACUAGUUAUGAUACGCUAUUGCAGAAUAACUCUUUAUAUCCUUAUGCGAAAGGAGAGCACUUUUCUCACAUGGUUCACCUGACUGCCAAAGGAGGAGAUGAUAGGCAAACACCGCUGCAUGAUGCUGUCGUGCAUAAUCAGCUGGAAACGGCAAAACUUCUCUUGGAAUAUGGAGGGGAACCACUCUUGGACGAGGAGAAUUUUAAGGGGGAGACUCCUCUGGCCCUGGCUGCUACAGACGAGAUGAGGACGCUGCUCAGGUCCUUUCUUGGAAAGCCCUCCUCCAAGAAGUACUCAGCAUGUAACAAGAACCAGGCUACCAUCAAGACAUCCGUCAUUGCCAAUGGUUUAUCCAAGCUCCAGGAUAUCCUACCUUGCUACGAGGACAGGCACUCCUUUGUCAUUCAGUUUAUCAACUGCUAUCUCGAAGCUUCGGGAACUAGAUCAAUUUACUUUGAAAUACAGAGAGCGUGCCGUCGGCCUGACUCUGAGAGGGGGGCUGGCAAGAAUGGAGCCUCAGUGGCAGUGACAGGAGAAUCUUCGGAUAGAGGUAGAAAGAACAGCUCCGGGUAUCAGAGUGACAGUAGUGUCUGUGAGAGCAAAGGGUCGUGGAGCAGUGGAGAGUCUGUGGUGUCAAGUUCCAGCAGUACUCCGCUGCCUGCAAAGCAAUGCCUUGUUCAUACUGUUGGUGUCACUUGUGAAAUUGAACAGAGACUCAUAAAAGAGCUCUUUGAAAGAAUCAAGAUAGACCUGAAGCUGUUCAGUGAAUUUAAAGUGCGUUUCCGACCCAAACCUGUCGACGAGUCUGAUUAUUUGCUGAACCUCAAGUGGCAGUUUCUGUGAGAGAGAGUUGUUCCCAGUUGAUUGUUAUGUAUUCCAAUUUAGAGUUUAUAUUUCCUUUUUUUUAUUAUAAAUGCAUAAUAAAGUUUAGAGUGCAAACCAAGUUAUAUAGAAGGAGAACCUAUUUAUGUAUGAGUAUAUUCAGUGCUCUUUUCCAUAUGUUUUCUAGUGAUUAUGAUAAAGUCGGUGAUUUUUCCUAAGUGAUAUGUAAGAAUAACAGAGAUACAUAUUAUUGUAUAUAGAUGUGUGUUUGUUUAUCAGGCUGUCAUAUCCAUGCAAAUUUGGUACAGGUUAUAUUCCAAACCAGAUCAUUUUGUUUUUUGAUUUAAGCAUUAAUCAUGUAAGAAAAAUACAACUGUGUGCCUGCCCACACACGCGUGCACACACACCAGAACACACGCACACACCAGAACACACACACACGCACAUGUACUUAAUGUACACAUACAAAUAUGCAUAUAUAUUUUGAUUUGAAGAUAAAAUAGAGUGUUUAUUAUUUUUUUUAUUAUGCUUGUAAUUAAUAGUAUAAGUUUUCAAGUACAUUUGAAAGUACAAAAAACAGUACCUUCUUUUUUCCAAAGCAGAUUGAAAAUAGUUAGUGUUGGCAAUGUUAGAAAUGUUGUCAGAUGUCAUGGUACACUUUUAGGUACAGAGGAAUAAUUUUGCUAUGAAACUUUUUAUCAAGCUUUUCUGAUUUGUACAUGUACAUGAUUUGCAUGAAAUAAAGAUAUCAUUUUUUUUUUAUUC